AUGAGGAUUUUUAUUAAGUGAGAAAAGAAAUCCAAAUCUAUGUAGCCCUUUAUGAAAAAGUGAUCCCCCCUCCUGUUAAAACUUUACUGUACAGGUAUUUUAUCAUAUCUGGGUUUAAUUUCUCUUGCCACACCUAGGCCUGAUACGGCCACACCUGUUUUCAAUAGAGAAAGAAACUAAUUGAGAUAUAUUUUGUGUGAAAAGCUUGUAAAGGCGUUUCUAAAGCUAUUUCAGCGAACCACAGUGAGAGCCGUAACACACAAAUGGUGAAAGCAAAAAAUGACCACAAUUACCUCAAGAGCGCAGUGACAACUCUUCCAAGAGGUCACAAAAGACCCCACAACAACCUCCAAAGAACUUCAGGCGUCACUUGCAUCAGUUAAAGUUCAGAAUUCAGGAAAAAUAGCCUGCAUGGCACAGUUCCAAAACUACCACCACUUCUGAGCCAAAACAACAUUAAGACUUGUCUAAAAUUUCCCCAAAGACAACUGAAUGAUCCUCAAGACUUUUGGGAAAAUACUCAGUGGUUUGAUGUGAGAAAAGUUGAACUUUUUGGAAAUGUAGCGUAAAAAGUAACACCGCAUUUAAGAAUAAGAACAUAAUACCGACAGCAAAAUAUGGUAUUGUUAGUGGUGUGGGGUUUCUUUUGCUGCUUCAAGACCUGGAAGGACCUGGAACCAUGAAUUAAGCUGUCUCCCCAAAAAAUCCUGAAGGAGACUUUCCAGCUAUCUUUUCAUGACCUCAAGCUGAUCCAAAACACUAAUCCAGGGGGCGCAAAAGCAACACAAGAUGUCUCCUGUGACCAAAGCCUCUUGGGAAUUAUCAGUAGACAGAUGAGUGAAGAGGGCCGAUUUGCCUACGCUGCAGUGUGUGGUGUCUCACUGGGGCAGUUAUUUACCGGGGAUGAAAACAGUGCCUUCAGGGAACAGUACCUGCAGGGCUUGGUCCGUUGGCUGGAUCUUGAUGAAUCUGUGAUGCCCGUCAUGGGGGCCUUCCUGUCAGGCCUGGGCUUUGAGGGCUCUGACACCUUCCUGUCCAUUCUACAAGCUGAGCAAAUCAUGGCUACAGGCGCCCUACCCAUCAUACAGGACCUGGUGUCUUUCUCUGUCAAAGAUGGCCAUUAUGAUGCCAGAGCGAGGGUGCUCAUCCGCCACGUCAGCUGUCUGCUCCGAAUUUCUCCGCAAGAGCUGGAAAAGUUUGAAGAGACGCUUGGAGAGAGCCUAAGGGAAGGAAAAGAAGAGAGCGAGGAGGAAACAUCUCAGCGACGGAGGAGAGAAAAGGGUCGAAAAUUAAGACGCUACCUUCUCAUUGGACUAGCAACAGUCGGUGGUGGAACAUUGAUCGGUGUCACCGGUGGGCUGGCGGCCCCCCUAAUGGCAGCUGGAGCUGGCGCUGUACUCGGAGCUGGUGGGGCUGCAGCUCUGGGCUCAGCCACUGGCAUCGCAAUCAUGGCCUCCCUGUUUGGAGCAGCUGGUGCUGGACUUACCGGCUAUAAAAUGAAUAAGUGUAUUGGGGCGAUAGAGGAGUUUGAAUUCCUGCCACUCAGCUCUGGAAAGCAUCUUCACCUUACCAUAACGGUGACAGGAUGGCUCUGCACUGGUAAAUACAGCUCGUUCCAGGCCCCUUGGUGCAGCCUAGGAGAGUGCGGGGAGCAGUACUGCUUAGUGUGGGAGUCGCGUUUCCUCAGGGACUUGAGCUCGGCCAUGACCUCCCUUUUGGAUGGGCUGGUCAGCAUGAUGGCUCAGGAGGCUCUGAAGUACACCGUUCUUUCAGGUAUCGUAACAGCUCUGACAUGGCCCGCCUCUUUGCUGGCAGCCGCCAGCGUCAUCGACAAUCCCUGGUGUGUUUGUUUGAACCGCUCGGCUGAGGUGGGGAAGCACCUUGCUCAGGUUUUGAGAAGCAGGCAGCAGGGAAAGCGGCCAGUCAGUCUGAUAGGUUUCAGUCUCGGGGCCAGAGUCAUCUACUUCUGUCUUCAGGAACUCGCUAAGGAUCAAGGGAGUGAAGGUGUUGUGGAGGAUGUGGUCCUGCUGGGGGCCCCUGUGGAUGGCUCGGAGAAGGCCUGGGAGAGAAUGAUCCGGGUGGUAGCUGGAAAAAUAGUCAACGGGUACUGCAGAGGGGAUUGGCUUCUGGGGUUCUUGUACCGAAGCUCAGCUGCUCAACUCUGUGUUGCUGGGCUACAACCAAUAAGCAUCCGGGAUCGCCGCCUUAUCAAUGUAGACCUCUCCUCCGUGGUCAAAGGUCACUUGGACUACAUGCGUCAAAUGGAUACAAUCUUGGUGGCAGUGGGAAUUCCCACCAAAGAGGUCCCAGGAUCCUCCUUCAUCCUUCCUCAACCUGUAAAUACUACAAAGGGAACAGUACACACCCAGGACCAAACCCAAAUUAAGCAGCAGUUGGAGGAAACCAAAAGUCCAGUCCAGGAGGCUGAGUCUUGUGCAGCAGACAGUGCUGAGGACUCAACAGAGAAGACCGAUGGCUGGGACGUCCCCGACAUCUCGGACCUGUUGGAUGCUCUCAGUAGUGAUGAUAGUGAGUCCAAAAAUCCACCCACAGCAGGGAACAACCAAGAGAAUAUCGAGAAGCAUAGACCGGUUUGUAAUGAGAGUGGAGAGCAGGCUGAAGCAGAUGAUGAACACGUCUUGUGGAGCUGGGAUGAUACACACUGGACUCCAGACCACAGCCAUAAACUAUGUGGACAAAAAAUGUAAGGAGGCUGCUCCAGGAUCACCUGCUUAAUUCAAGAUUUUUCUCAGUUUCAGUAUUUGUUUGACCAUCGAAAUGCUAUUGAACAAGGUUGGAAUUUUAACAAACUUCAGCUUCAACUCCUGACAAGUGAGAUGAAUUCCGUCACAAAAUUAAGGCACUGGCUCUGCAUGACUCACGGCGUCUACAAGAUGGUUUGAUUUUUGCUCAAAUCCCUGGGUGCCAGUUUUGCAGUACUGCACGUAGUCAGGGGAGUCAUCUAGUUUUGGCCACAGGCCCAAAUAAAUGAUUGAAGGCGUUCGAGGCGUCACAUAACGUGGGGACGAGAGAGGCAACACACUUUCUUGGCGGUCUUGAAAAAGCACUGCGCACGCACAGAGAGAACUCCUCAGUUGAGACUCGUACUGCGAAGCUUCCUGCUGUAAACCAACCUCAUCCUCCACCAUGAUACCUCUUAGGCACACUGAACAUCGGGCUGCCUGCGGGGCAACAGACCAAUAGUUUGUCUGCGAUUCGAAUUUGAAUUGGAGUUGAACAGCGGCACAGUUGUAACAAUGAAUCAGCGGUCCUGCCAAGUCAUACAAUACAGUAUGUAGAGUAUACAGUGGGAGCAAGCUUGGCUUUGUGGAAGGACAGUAAGAAACCUCAAUCUCCAGUUCUUAAAGGAGCGUACUGGCUGCUGAGUUGGCCCACGUUUUAGCUCAGCUUUCAGCAUUUUGGUCUCCCCAGUGGGGAGCCCUAACCCCAAUAUAGUCGAGUUGGUAUUUCGGUAAACUGCUUAAUUUUUCGUGCAUUUUCCUACCAUAUUCUCAUGAAAACAUAUCAAAAAUUCCAAGAGCAAGCACAUAUGCAAAGUAGCCUUAAGUGAAUAUGAAGUAUUUUUUUUAACCGCUGAUAAUGUGCAUAAGUGAUGUCAAUACAAUGUAAAGGUUUUGUGAAGUCUGAUUUCUUUACCCAACUUUAAUAUCUGACAUUUUCUUAGAUUUCCAUAUUUUAAAAACAUUUUUUAAACUAUAUUUAGAGGCUAUUACUAAAUAGAACUACAAUUUAACAGUGCUUCUAUCCACUUUUGUGUUAUA